AUGUCAUUUCGAGGUGGUCAUAUGCGAGGGCCAAACGAGGACUCGAACUAUUUGGAGCGACACAAUGACGAUUUGGUGAACGGUCUCUCGUCGAAAGUUGCCGCUUUGAAGCGAGUAACAAUCGCUAUCGGAGACGAUGUUCGUGAGCAAAAUCGCCUUCUCAGCGACAUGGACAACGAUUUCGACUCAUCAAAAGGCCUUCUUCAAUCCACAAUGCGCCGUUUGGGCAUUGUGAGUAAAGCCGGUGGAAAGAACAUGCUGUGCUAUCUCAUUCUCUUCGCCCUUUUCGUCUUUUUUGUUAUUUAUUGUCUGGCUCGCUAG